AAGUUAGUGAGGCUGCUGGUUGUUAUUGCCAAGCAUAGAGGUGUGUCCCUUCUCAUUUAGGGCCCCUCUGUGCAAGGGCCAGUUAUGCUGCUGACAGGGCAACAGCUUCCAGCUUUGCAACUUUUGAAUGAGGAAAGUUGCAGUUCUGCAACAUCUUGCCUGCAGGAUAAAAUGUUAGCAGCCUUUUUUGAUGCCCCCGGUGGGCCGGAGACAUUGUACGUUAAAGAACUGGCAAAACCGGCGCCAAAGGAAGGGGAAGUGCUUGUAAAGGUUGAGGCCAGCGCCCUGAACAGGGCAGACUUGCUUCAGAGAAGGGGAAAAUACGCUCCACCCCCAGGGGCCAGUGACAUUCUGGGAUUGGAAGCUGCUGGCACAGUGGUUGAGCUUGGCCUGGGUGCUGAUGGGCGCUGGAAGGUUGGAGAUAAAGUUAUGGCACUUCUGUCUGGUGGAGGAAACGCAGAGUAUGCCACUGUACCAGCAGGGCAUCUUAUGCCAGUUCCCCCUGGCAUGUCUGCAACCGAUGCUGCUGCCAUUCCUGAGGCCUGGCUCACUGCUUUCCAACUGCUGCAUUUUGUAGGUAAAGUUCAGAAGGGAGAGACUGUCCUGAUUCACGCGGGUGCUAGUGGCGUUGGUACUGCGGCCAUACAGCUCUGCCGAUUGGCUGGGGCAGUUCCAAUUGUAACGGCAGGGUCUCAUGAAAAACUACAGACGGCAAUAAAAUUGGGAGCCGCAACCGGGUUCAAUUACAAAGAAGAGAACUUUGGUGAAAAGUGUCUUAAGUUCACAAAUAAUAUUGGGGCAGAUGUUAUAUUGGACUGUGUUGGGGCGUCACACUGGGAGAAGAACUUGCAGUGCCUUAAUACAGAUGGCCGAUGGGUGCUCUAUGGGCUUAUGGGUUCCGGUGAGAUUCACGGAGAUCUGCUGGCAAAGUUACUCUGGAAAAGAGGAAGCCUAUUGGGCAGUUUGCUAAGAUCUCGCUCAAAGAAGUACAAGGAGGAGCUGGUGAAGGCCUUCACGGAGCAAGCUUUGCCUCACUUUAUCGCGGGGGGGCCCAUUCAGCUGCUUCCAAUUGUGGACAGCGUCUUUCCCUUGCAUCAGAUCUCCGAUGCCCACCAGCGAAUGGAAGACAACAAAAACACGGGAAAAAUUGUUCUACAGAUGCCACAGUGAUGUGUAUUCCAUGUGCCCUGCUGAUUUACUAUCGACUCACCGUGCAGUUGUGUAGUGGGUCAGAGCGGAAAUAUUUAGAUUUGUCCGACACUCAGAAUCUAAGUGAUGGUGGGUUGCUUAUGCGCCAGGCAAAGCCUGCUUUGUAUAGAUAAAUUUGGUACAUGUAUUUAAAGAGCUAAUUCACCUUAAUAUGAACUUUUAGUAUUGGUGAACUUUUUAGCCAUUGGUGGCGCUGCACUCUACUAUACAUGUUUAACCCAUGCUUGUCAUGAAUCCAAUUGCUUUGGGAUCAAGGGCCUGUGGAACAAUAACACAGGGAUAAUCUUUAGACUGUAAAUAUGAAAUGAUUUCAUAUUCUCACAAUUAUGUGUCAUUGCUGUUCAUUCUGAGCCGGCACACUUCUAUUGAGAAUCACAGUAAUUUCAGAAUGUAAAUUUGUGGUCUUUUUGUACCUCUUUGUGAUUAAAAGCUCUUAUUUAUGAAAUUCUUUAUUCUGGGCCUUUAUUAUAACCCAAUCACUACAAUAA